UAAUUCUUUUUUUCUUUCUCUGCUUCAACUGUGGUUCGUUUCUCCCAUAUAUAAACCAUUCCUUUUUCCUUUAGUUUUCGAAACCAUAUUCUCGAUUUAUCCUAUUCUUCUUAUUCCUUUUAUUAUUUUACUCUGCUAAUAUAUAAUAUAUCAUCUCUUUCCUCCUUCCACCUUAUAAUAAUACAAUCCCCAUUCUAUCUUUCAUUCCAAUUAUCUUCUCAACUAUAUCCCUAACUAUAUUCUCUAUUGUUCUCUAUUGUUCUCUAAAAUGACCACCAACUAUGUUCCACAGCUUAGAACUACUGCUAAGCAAAAGUUCCUAUACCAACCUUCUCCCCAACCACAACUAAGCUAUAGAUUCUACAGCAUGAAUUCUAUGCCCAAAAACCACUCAAACAAAAGUGACCUUAAAAUCACCAAAAUUUGCGAAAACCAAAAGACUGUUGCUUUAAUUCCUGAAAAUUUAAAUAAUCCUGAUGUUCCCUCAACAAAAUUGCAAAAGAGAAACAUGUUUCCAAAUUACACUGAACAAAACUCGUUUCUUUUCGGUCAAGAAAACAAUUACACUCAAGAACAAUUCAUCCAAAGAUUAAAACAAAAGAGAUUGCAAAGAUUGCAAAGAUUAGAAAAGAAAAAAGAUGGCUUGGAGGAGAUUUUUAGUAAAUAUAAAUCUGAUAUUGAAUAAUACCUAGUUCACCCUUAUUCAUAAAUCAUCUUUUAUAUUAUACGAUAAUUUACACUAUCACUCAUGCCUAUAUCAUAUAAACUACAAUCAUCGUUCUCAUCUUCAUGAUCUUUAUUACUUCCAUUCUCAUACUCAUUAUUUCAUUUUCAUUACGUUUUUACUUCAUUUCAAUUUGUCAAAUAAAUCAUUCUCUUUUCCUCCACUUUCUCUACUUAUUUUGUUUGCUUUAUCUUACUACACCCUUAUGCUGCGUAUUUUAUUACACUUUUGAUUUAUGGUUAUCAUUUGACGUAUUUUAUUAUAUUAUCCUAUUUAUUAUGUAUUUCUCAUUUUUCUAAUGAUUUUUUUAUUCAUUUUUUUAUUUAUUUAGCUACUCUACUUAACAAGUAAUCAAAUAAAUUCAUUUAUUAAAAUC